AUGGCUGGGGAAGUCAUUGUUGAUGCCUUGCCCUACAUCGAUCAGGGAUAUGAUGAUCCUGGUGUUAGAGAAUCUGCUUUGGCAAUGGUCGAAGAAGAAUGUCGUCGAUAUAGACCCACUAAAAACUAUUUGGAACAUUUACCGCCAUUGUCCACAUCAAUUUUUGAAACCAAAUUAAUGGCGCAGGAGUUUGAACGUAUACAAAAUCUCAUACCUAUGGAGACACUAAGUAUGAAGCGCUACGAACUCCCACCACCAUCCGGCAGUCGUUUGUCUGAAGUGUCAGCAUGGGAAGAGUCCAUAGAUAAUUCUAAAGCUCAAUUGGAACAUCAGUGGGUUCGAGCAAUGAAUUUAGAGUUAAUGUUGGAUUAUGGAAUAGAAGCCUGGAAAGCGUAUUUGGAAGUCUUUGUGGCUAUGCAGGCCAAAGCACAGGUGCAGCUGCAGGAAUUGAAGAAAGAAAUACAGGAUGUCAACUGGCAACGAAAGCAAGCGCAAACAAAAGCCGGCGAAAAACUGAGGCAGCUGGAAGCCAGUUGGGUAUUGUUGGUCUCUAAAAAUUAUGAAAUCGAACAGCAAUGUGUUGAGCUAGAGAAACAAAUACUUGAACUACGAAAACGUAUCGCAGAGAAAGAAGUUUCAGAGGAAUGUGAAACAGAAUCUGACCAACAACAGGUUGCAGAACACCAUGUAGAUAAGGAGGUGGAAGAGGAUACAGAUAAAGGUAAACAAACUGAAACAGAAACCGAAGAAACGAAAAUACAAAGUGAAGCGCACGAGGAGGACAACGAUGUUGAAAUGAAAUCCGCUGAAGACGAAGAACAAUAA